CUCAGACAGGAAAGGAAGAUAGGAGUUUAACUGAAGCUGAGAGGGUUACCUUGACUUCAUUUUUACAUAUAAUUACAGUUUAGAUAAAAAGGUUUGGAUAGUAAAAUGCUACCAAAGAGCAACUGGAACUUAACAAGUGCACUGCUCACAUUUCUGCUGAUGUUCAGCAUAUUUUGGAGACUCUGUGGCGCACAGGGAAACACAGAAGGUGCCACCAGGCUUUCAGAUGGUCAUGGAGGUGAUGGCAGCGCUUUCUUCGCUCUUCGGAGUUGCCACCAGCUGCUGCGUAGCGACAGCGGGGAGUUUUUCUCCCCAGAUUACCUGUGCUCCAACCCACCUUUGUGGUGCAACUGGACCAUCCAGGUGGACCCUGAGAAGAGGAUUCAUCUCCACCUGGAGGACUUGACCCCUGACGAAACCUGCCAACUCAAACAGGACCAGAUUCACGUGGAUGAACCGGCUGGUCAUUUAGGGGGCCACAAGGUGCUGCAGAGGUGCUGGCAAGAGGCUAAAUACACAUCCUCCUCCAACACACUGUAUGUGGUGCUGCUGAUCGGCGGCUGGCCCAGCCCUUCUUACAGGGGCUUCUACGGCCGCUACCAAGCGUUUGGACCGCCGGUGGUUUACAACCCGCGCGAAGGCUUUGCAAUGAGAAGAAAAGUAACAGACCCAACCCCUGCACUGGCACACUUUGCUGAUAUUGGAUCAGUUAUGAACAGUGAACAAAUGGAGGUGGCUAAUUCUGAUGCCAUGUACGAUUAUUAUGAUCAACAUUUAGCCAUGACAGCAGGGCUGCCCUGGGAGUCUGACGCUGAGGAGGUUGGUGAAAACCUUUAUCCAUCUUCGGAAAACUACAGCCAUGUCUAUCAAUUCUUGGCUGCCCACACUGUGCCACCAUCCACGCAGAGGACGUUCAGGUCAGGAAGAGGAACUGCUCACAGCCAUUUGAGCCAGUCUGACUCGGCUGUUCUUCCUUCAUCUCCACUGCAGAAACAUGUCGGUCACCGUAAUGGCCUCAAACGCAGCACUAACACCUCAUCAACUGCACAAAGUAAUGUGGUUGAAGAUGCUGCAGCGGAGGGUGCGAGCAGACCACAGAGCACGAUGGAAGUGCAGAAGACUGCGCAUACUUCUGAACAAGCUAGGGAGGAUAACGGCCUGAAGGUCAGUAAAGCUUCAGACCAUCUUCUCCCCCCCUCUGAUGGACCAGAACCACAGCAAACUGACCCGAAUCGUCCUCGUCCCAACGUGGUGGAGCAGCGAUCAGAUCACAGAGGGAACUUCAACAGGAAAAAUCUCUCUGAAAUUCCACAUCUUCCUGGUGAUCACCUGUUCGAAGUGGCUGUGGAGGUGAAUUUCAGUCAGGAUUUGGAGGAGUCCUGGGACAACCUGGCCAGGUUGCUGCUGCUGUCAGUGAAGGCUUCGAUCAGCAAGCAGCUAGACGCUCUGCAGAAACAACUGUCCCUGUCUUCAAAAAGAAUUAAAAGGCUGAAUGCAGGAGCACUGUACAUCCUCUGGCUGCAGAUUGGACAGGAGCCUGGAGGUGUACACGUCCACAGAGCCGUCCACUCUGCCAUGCAGGGCCUGCUUGCCACAGGAAUCAGCCUCAGAGUCCACCGCAGGAACGCCGUCGUCAUGUCUGUGUCCACUGCAGAUGUAAAUGAGUGCGGGACCCAGCUGGUUUUAUGUGACAUGAAUGCAGAGUGUGUGAACCACUUCGGCACAUAUUCCUGCCACUGCAGGCCAGGCUUUCAGGACGAGUCUCGCCUGGGAUCCGGAGGAACCAUCUGCGUGGACACCGAGGGGGCAGGCUGCAGCUCUGGUCCGUCCUCGGAGACCAAAGGCGUCUACGCGCUGUUCUUCCUGCUCAGCUCCCUCAUCCUCACACUGCUGGUGGUGGCUGGCAUGUUGUACCACCGUCACCACCGGGGGGCGUUCCUGGUCCGCUGCCAAAGCAGCAGCAACAUCUCCCCUCCUGACCCAAACAACAACCACCACCAUCCUGAUGACAGCUACUCCAGCCCCACUGAACCUGACCUGCCCCCACCACCUCCACCUGCCAGGGGGGCCAGAGAUGGCUGGGCUCCUGUAAAGGAGCGCUGCCCCCCCGUGGACCUGCCGCUGCUGCGCUUCAGCCCACUGCUGCCACCAGAUGGCUACACUGAUCCGCACGAUGCUGGAAAGAUGUGAACGGUGACAAAGUAUGUCAACUAUAUUAAUUAAAUCUUUUAUUUGGUUUUCUUUCUCUUUGUGUCGGAAUGAUACUGUUGUCCACUUUGUAAAAUCAACUCAAUUAAAGUCACAACGAAUCAG